UCAUAAGAGCACAAAGUUUUGUUUGUGGGUCAGAACUGAUUGAUUUUGAAUGUUGUUUUGCUCCUACUUUAUUAUUAACACGUAUUUUCGAUGUAUGCCAUAGCAGAAAGCGUCUCUGGGACAAAGGAUGUUGUGUUUCUGAUUGAUGGCUCCGAUGACACUGCAGGUGGUUUCCCAGCAAUACUUAAUUUCCUUCAGCAAGUAGUUGAGAGCCUUGAUGUGGACAGAGAUAAAGAUCACGUAGCUUUGGUUCAAUAUAGUAAUGGCCCAUCGCCUCAUUUCUACCUGAAUGCCCUUUCCACCAAAGAGGAGGUGCUUGGCAGUAUAAGGAGCCUCCAGCACAAAGGGGGCAGACCCCUUAACACUGGAGCAGCUCUGCAAUUCGUGAAGGACAACGUUUUCACUCGUUCUGCUGGCAGCAGGUACAAUGAUGGGGUUCCUCAGGUUUUAAUUUUACUCACUGGUGAAAGGUCGAGAGAUGACAUCAGAGGAGCGGUGAAUGCACUGAAGCAGUCUGGAAUUCUGAUGUUUUCUGUUGAAGUCAAUAAUGCCGACCUCCCAGAGCUGCAGACAAUCUCACACAAGCCCACUUAUGUCUUCGCUGCCUAUGAAUUUAAGGAUCUUCGAGAUGUCCAUGUGCAGCUUCUACCAGCAGUAAGCCAGGCGAUUGACGAGAAGUAUGGGAUCUCGCAUUUGCCACCAUGGGUCAAAGGUAAGAACUGGCCACAGAGGAGACGAGUAGAAUCUCUUGAUUGUGAGCCU